AUGAUUCUGUUGCAGGUCAGCAUCGGGCUCUCAGUGAACAUCUUCCUCUUCCUGUUUUAUAUUCGUGUUGUCUAUGCCAGCCACAGGCUCACCUCCUCCGACCUGAUCCUUGCCCAUCUGGCCUUGGCCAACACCAUCAUCCUUCUCACCAGUGGAAUCCCAGAGGCUAUGUCAGCUUGGGGGUGGAAAAAUUUCCUGAAUGAUGUUGGAUGUAAGAUCCUCAUGUACCUUUACCGAGUGGCUCGGGGCCUUGCCAUCUGCACCACCUGUCUCUUGAGCGUCUUCCAGGCUGUCACCAUCAGUCCUGGCACCUCCCAGUGGGCAGGGGCCAAAGUCAAAUUGCCCAAGUGCAUCCUCCCCUCCUGCCUCCUCUCCUGGGUCCUCAAUAUGCUGGUAGAUUUGAAUCUACUCCUGCACGUAACAGGCCCCCAGAACAACAGCAGUGUUCAAAUGGCACUGAAUCUGAAUUACUGUUCACAAGUCAGUAUCAGUGUACAAACUGCCCUCGCCAUUGCAGCUGUGCUGUCCCUGAGGGAUCUGUUCUUUGUGGGGCUCAUGACUGUGGCCAGCGGCUACAUGGUGUUUGUCCUGCACAGACACCACCGGCAGGUCCGGCACCUCCACGGAUCUGACCGCUCCCCCAGUGAGAUGCCUGAGGUCAGAGCAGCCAAGAGGGUCAUUGCCCUGGUCACCCUCUACGUCCUACUUUACGGGAGGCAGUCCAUCAUGCUGAGCAUUUUAAUCAACUUGAAAAGGAAUUCUCCUCUGUUGAUGAAAAGCCACAUGGCAUUAUCAUUCACCUUCUCAGCCGUCAGUCCCUUUCUGAUGAUCCACAGUGACAGGAGGAUGAAGAUGUUCUGGAAAAGGGAAUCUCCUGACUCCAAUGUGGAUGCCUCAUAG